AUGCAGACAAGCAAUGACGAGCGCGAGGACGAGAUGGGCCUCCUGGAUGAUAAGUGGCUAAGAAAGCAGGAGCACGGCGGGCGUGUGUCUUGGAGGCUGUGGGGUACGGGGAUCCUGUGUCUUGUCGCUGGAUUUGCGCUGGGGGCGCUGUUCCACCGCAUAUCAACGUCGACCCCACAGAUGUCUCAUGGGCAUGGCAAAAGCUUGGUUGCACCCUUUGAACCGAGCGUCAAGGUGACGUUCCAGCCUAAUGAUACGUUUGCGUACGCAACGCCGGGUCCGGAGGCUGACGCUGUAUGGGAAGCUUUAAUGCCAUUGGGACGGGGCUUCGUACAGGUCACACCGAACGGCGAGUUCAUCCCGCACGCCGGAUCCACGAGCAACCUCCACAACACAAAGGUCGUAUCCGCGUUCCAUCAAAUCCAUUGCCUUAAUAUGUUGCGCAAAUCACUCUACGCGUCCGUCGGCGAGCCGGAGAAGUUCCGCUAUAUGGUUCCCCAGAUCGAACACCACUGGCGCCACUGCUUUGACUACUUGAGGCAAGUUCUGAUGUGUAAUGCGGAUGUUACGCUCGAGAACCUGGAGACGAGUGGAGAGAAGUUGCUGGCAAGAGUAGAUGGAUGGGGCACAGAGCAUGUUUGUGUGGAUUGGCGGGCGUUGAAGGCGUGGACGGAGAAGCACAGGGGUACGGAUGAUGGGGGUAUUGACUAG